AUGAGCUCAGACACAGUCUCCAAGAGUGAUGUGGCUGCUACUCCGGUGAAGGAGAACGCAUCCGGUCACGAACACUUGGAGACAAUGCCUGAUAUCAGCACUGAGAAGGGCGGGCUUGCUCAGGAGGAACUCCUUGAGACACCAGAAUGGCGGGCUCGCGAAAAGAGAUUGGUUCGUAAACUUGAUAUGACCCUGCUCCCUGUAGUAUGGAUCUUAUACUUGUUUAACUACUUGGACCGAAACAACAUCUCUCAAGCUAGAUUGAACACCUUUGAGAGGGACCUCGGAUUAACCGGCGACGAUUUCAAUACUGCUGUAUCCAUCUUGAAUGUUGGAUAUAUGCUUGCCCAGCUCCCGUCCAACAUGCUCAUCACUCGUAUCAGGCCCAGUAUUUACUUGCCUGCCUGUGUCGCUAUUUGGUCAUGCGUGUCAGCCGCCACAGCAGCCGCGACGAGCUAUGGAGGCCUGGUUGCGGUUCGCUUCUUUCUCGGAAUUGUGGAAGCUCCUUUCUUCCCAGGCGCUUUCUAUCUCUUGUCUUGCUGGUACACAAGAAAAGAGCUAGCCCUACGCACUGCCGUCCUGUACUCUGGCCUUGUCCUCGCAACCGCGUUCUCAGGCUUGAUUGCAGCCGGUGUGUUCUCUGGUCUUGAUGGAGCUAGAAACAUCGCUGGCUGGCAGUGGCUCUUCAUCAUUGACGGCUCAGGCAGUUUCUUUGCAGCUCUGGUCGCCUUCUUUCUUCUUCCCGAUUACAUCGAAUCCAAAACUGGCAGUGGCAGGUGGCUGUUUACAGAGGAAGAACGAGAGCUAGCCGCGAAGAGAAUGGCUCUUGAUCGUGUGUCGCUCCCCGAAGCAGACCGAUCUGUUUGGUACGGCGUGCGUCUAGCACUUAGGGACUACCGAACUUGGAUAUUCACACUCCUCCUUUGCUCCAACCAUACUGCCUACGGAUUCAACUACUUCUUCCCUACCAUCGUAAGCGGCUUCCACAUCGGCUCACAGACCAUCACACUCGUCCUCACGGCACCCCCAUACCUCUUUGGUGCCGCGGUAUCAUUUGCAGUAGCCUACUCAAGUGACCGUCGCAACGAACGAAGCUACCACAUCUCGAUACCGAUGGCCGUUGCAGCUGUAGGUUUCAUCAUUUCCACAGCAACGCUAAACAUUGGGGCUCGCUACUUUGCGUCUUUCCUCUAUUGCUCUGGCGCCUUUGCGGCCAAUGCCAUGGUAUACUCGUGGGCUGCGAGUACGCUUAACCAGACGCCUGAAAAGCGGGCUGCUGCGACGGCCAUUAUUAACUUGCUUGCUCAGCUGGGUAAUAUUUGGAGUCCAUACUUUUUCCGACCACAAGAUGAACCUCGUUAUCGCAGGAGCUGGUAG